AUGGCACGUCGCUUCAUGAGACCGCUGUUUCUUAGAUCACUGACUGCACGUGAGCCGUCCGCCUCGAUGGUUAAGAUUGAGCCGCUUGCUGCAUUUGACUGCAACGGUAAUGCCACCAUUUCUUCUACAGGCGAUGCGAAAGAGUUACGUGAGAAUUGCAAGAUACUCCGAGGUGACUUAUCUUUUACCAGCAACAUUACGGAGACUAUCAACCUUGAUGGAUUGGAAGAGGUUCAUGGGAGUUGCGACCCCAAGUUCGAUGGGCCCAGUUGUCUUGGCGCGAGCGAUGAAGUGUUCAACAUAACCAGCUCUACGCUGAGUUUCCUCGGCGACGGUAUAUACUUGUGGAACUUUUGGGGCCUAGGGGCACUCAAUCUACUGAAUCUAAAGGCCAUCAACUCAACAAUUCACUUGCAGGGACUACCAAACCUGACUCAUGUGGAUUUUACAAACCUGGAAAUACUAACCGGUGUAUUUCUUGAUGUCAGUAAGCUUGAAGAGUGGAAACAAAAUGACUUGAAGAACUACACAGGCUCAAAGCCACCCUAUGUCAACCUUAUGGAUCUAGGGAAUUUGAAGUCCAUCUACAGCUUAUUCGCGAGUCCAAUUGACCCUCGCCAACGCCGACCUACUUGGAAUGAAAGAGUGGACCUCUGGAUCAGUCUACAUAAGCUGCGACAAUUUACUUUUGGGUGGUCAGAGAUAGAUAAGCUGAGCGUACGCGGCGGGGACUUGGCUGUCACUUUCGGAGCAUCAUCCUCGGAGAAACUUGAGGCUCGAGAAAUCUUCAUUAGUGAGGGUGUCACCAAAGUCGCGCGUGGGCCAGAAAUGACAAACUUUACCGCUGAAAGCUUUUGGUGUCAAUGUGGUGACCUUUCAUCGUUGGAGGUCCCAGUUGAUCUCGUCGACAAUGUGUUUAUUAGCGGAGGGAAAUUGGAAUCAGUGCGGCUCCCAGUUGCGGCAGAGAACUGGAAAAAUGUCAGUCUCUCGGUUUAUACACCUGGGCUUUUGAUGAAUACGACCCAAGAUCUGGAUGGUAACACCAUUUGGCAUUGGCCCAAGGAAGAGAUAUAUAGCUUGUUUCUCGCUGCAAACAUAACUACGGACUUUUUUUGUUCGGGCAUUGGCAACGUAGAUAACAGCUCAUCCUUCAUCAAAGGCAAUACCCAUGUCACCGGGUCCUUUGAAAUUAGUGACCACUCGGGGAAGUUGGAUUGCAAAAUAUUUGACGAAAUUAAGGACAGGUUACCGAGCCGCUACCUCUGCUAUUCAAAAAACAACAGUUCUGCAGGCACCCAGUCAGUAUCAUUGUUGCUACUCUAUGCCGGAUUAUUCCAAGCUACUAUGUUUUUAAUAUUAUGA